AUGUCGAAACGGUCAACACCGUCUCUGCCGAGAAGCAUGAGGAGUGCGAGCAUUAAGAGCGCUUCAUAUUCAGUGAAAAGCGUUUCUGUGAAGAAUCAAUCGAAACGUUCCAAAUUGCCUGUUCGGGCUCCAAGAUCCCUAAUUCCGGUCAGGAUUAACGGGUCAAUAUACUGUAAAGAUCACCCUAGUCGUGAAGUUACGCUGGUCUGUGAAGACUGUGAAGGAACACUUGUCUGUGUUGACUGUGUAACGACAACACAUCAACGUCAUGGAUUGGUCAAGCUCAUUGACGUUGCCCCUCUCAAAAGAGAAAACAUACGUAACUUCAUUGAAAAGGCUGAAAGAACGGCGAUUCCAAAGGUCAAGAAACAAGUGGAGUUCGCUAAUGAGAGAUUGGCUGAAAAUAAAUCGAUGUACAAAGCACUCGUAGUCAAAAUUCGUCAACAAGGCCAGACACUUAAAGAAGAAAUUGACAGAAUUACUAACAAGUUCGUGGCACAGUGUGAGGAAACAGAAAAUGAAAAUGAAGAAAAGAUGCUGAAGUAUCGGAAGCAGCUGCAUGUCUUGUAUGCGGAACUGAACACAUCAGUGAGCGAAUGUCAGAAUACGUUAGAGACAGGGAAUCCUACCCAAGUUUACUCAAUGGAGAAAAAGGUGAGUAAUGCCAUGAAACUACCGACGGCACCAGCCAUGCGAUCGACCCUAUUUAACGCCGGAUCGCUCUCCCUCGAUCAGAUCGAGCAGAGCUUUGGUGGGCUUACCAUGCCGGAUGAACAAACUGAAGCUGACCAACAGACCGCGAUGGGGAACCCUGCCACGAAGAUUAUGCUGGACUUUAUUGACGACUCUGCUUCUGGUAUAUUUGACGGGAGCGAAUCAGGCGUACUGAACAUGCCUUACCACGGGAACCGAACAGUGUACUGUCUGUCCGAGUUCGAGCACGCCACCGACAUCCACUCUCUGCAUUCCGUGGCCAACACACCGUACACAUGGAUCCUCGACAUAUUCACGUACGACAUCCUCCUGGUAAACAAAAAGGGCAAGCUCAAGGAUAAGCGCGAACUCAAGCGAGGACGAUUACAAGAUUCGGGAGGCAGGAUCGUCUGA